AUGUCGUCAAAGGACAAGAAACCGUCGAAGCCAUCGGUUGGUCGGACUGGUAGAAUCCGUACUCUUUCCGAUCUGAACAGAAGAUCAGGACCGGACUCCGACAGUGAUUCCGACGGACCUCAGGAGUACUACACCGGCGGAGAGAAAAGUGGUAUGCUUGUUCAGGAUCCUUCAAAAGAAUCAAAACACGAUGAUGUUGAUGAGAUAUUCAAUCAAGCAAGGCAACUAGGAGCUGUGGAAGGACCUCUCGAGCGUCCUUCAAGCUCUAGAAGCUUCACUGGAACAGGGAGAUUGCUUUCAGGAGAAAGUGUACCCACCGCUCUUCAGCAGCCUGAGCCCGUGAUUCACAAUAUCAUCUUCUGGUCUAACGGAUUCACCGUAGAUGAUGGACCGUUGAGGAAGUUGGACGAUCCAGAGAACGCGUCUUUCCUCGAUAGCAUUCGAAAGUCUGAAUGUCCGAAAGAGCUUGAGCCUGCAGAUAAAAGAGCUCCGGUUCAUGUCAAUCUUAUGAGAAGAGAAGAGAAAUGUCAUGAACGUGAGAAGCUUACGGUUGCGUUUCAUGGAGUCGGAAGGACUCUAGGCGGUGCUAGCUCAUCAACGGCUCCAAGCAGCGUAAGCAACCUAGCCGAUAUAGCAGCGGUUCCACCACCAUCGCUGAGCGUCGUAGUAGAUGAAACUCUUCCAUCGACAUCGAUCCAGCUUAGACUCGUGGACGGGACACGCAUGGUGGCUAAGUUCAACAACCAUCACACGGUCAACGACAUUCGUGCUUUCAUCGACUAUUCUCGACCGGGGAAUCUAGUCAACUACAACCUUCAGGUCAUGGGGUUCCCACCAAAGCCACUUACUGAUCCUUCUCAGACCAUUGAUCAAGCCGGUCUCGCAAACUCUGUAGUCAUUCAGAAAUUCUAG